GGGAAGCAUGAAGGCCAAGUCUAUAUUCAAACAUCAGAGCCUUACAACCCCAGUCAUGAAGCAGCAGCUAAAAUUGGUGCAGUCAGUGGUAAUGAAGUGGCGCAAAGGCCUCAACAAAUCACUUGGAAGCCAUAUCUAACUAGCUCACCAUCGCGAACACCAACUGUUGUUACUAAAGAUUUAGCUGUGUGGAAUCCUAUGGAGUAUCCAUUUGGUAGGCAUCAUGGGCUUAAUAGCUACUUGCUAUUGCAAUAUUAAAUUUGUGUUAAAAUUUGUUGAUGGUGUUUUUCACUCCCGCUCUUCUUAGCAAGUUUGAUUUGCAUUCAUUGUGUACUCCAAUGCAACUAAUCAUCUUUCAGUAGUCUUUUGAGAUUGCUCGAGUUUCCAGGGGUUUCAAUAAAAAUUGAAGUAGCCCACAGGUUUAAAAAAAGUAACUGACUGUAUCAAAAAGAGGCUUUUUCUCCCCUUCUUCUAGAGGGGGCCUGGGGAUGUGCACCCCUUGAAAAAUUUGAAAUUUCAAUGCCCUAGAAUGCGAUUUCCACUAAUUGGCAAAUCCACACUCUACCAUGUCCCCUGCUACUAAGUUCUUAUACAUGUAGCCUCAUUUUCAUAGUUGCAUACUAUAUUAUUAUUUCAGUAGCUAUCUAAUUCUUGCUAUAUUCUCACUGAGCUCAUUGUUCCACACUAGUGUUCCACUUUAAUCCACUGGAACCCCUAUCCACUGCUAUUGAAAUUAAUAGUUUAGCACAAGCACUCAAGUUGUGAGUUAUUAGUAAAGAUGGGCAAUGCAGCUUUGAAAUUAAUGGCUUUUUUUCUACAUGAAAUACCUACAGACAAUGGCUAUUACUUGUAUGGUGAGGUGAUGCCAGUGAUUCCACCACAUACUUGUCAAAAAGACAAGCAGUUGUUCUCCAAGAAGAGCACUAUAAUUGACAAUGCUAACACCUCUUCAGAGACAACUAUUGAACGGCCUGCUUCCUCUAUGCGGUGGUAAGUUGAUACAAGUGUAUGUUUUUAGUAACACUCUUUUAAAUAUCCUCUCUUUGCGAUAGCGUGGCUGAAAGUGCAAAUAAGUAUUUUGAUGUUAAUAUAUAGCUUGAUUUUUGUGAGAGGCAACUGUAUAUUCAUCCAAAAAAUAAUUUGUUUGUCUUCAUGGCAAAAUAAUAAUAAUUGAUUCAUUUCAGGUACUUUAAAUUUGUGGAUCUAUGGUUAAUAAAUUAUUCUCUGAAGUACUGUGAACUUGCUCCUGUUCAAAUGACAGGGGUGGAGAAAAAAUGUUCAGACUGUGACAAAUGUUAUGUCUUCCUGGAGUUCAGUUCACUCACAAAGUUAAAAUGAUGUUAAAAUAGGAGAGCUACUUGAUAAGUACUAGUUAUUUAACUGAACCUUUACACUCAUUAGUUCUUAUCUGGAAAUGUUUGUCAUCACUGCAGGUAUGCUGCUGUAUUUGUGACAUUUGCUACUGCUGUUGUGGCUCAAGUAUUGCUUCAUGUCCUUAAUGGACCUAGCAAGAAAAAGGUCAGUUGUCUCCAAAUACACAUCUAAUUACCAGUAUGUUAAUUGCUAUUCCAUUUUCACUGUCACACUUCCUGUUAUGGUUAUGACAUGUACAUGUAUCUUGUCCAUUGUGAACAAAACUACUGCUAUACAUGUACAGUAACUAGACAGGGCCGAGUUGUUCAAAGCUGGGUUAAGAUAACCCAGGGUUAGUGCGAGAUUUGAAUUCGGAUUUGAAAGCUUAAAAAGCAUUUCAGUUUUAAUUCUUUUUGUCUACAAGUUGAUGAUUGGAAGCUCUAAAAAUAGCAGAGAGAAUUAUCCGAGAAAAUGCUUUUGAACACAAGAAAAACAAACACGGGUUAAAUUUAACCCCGGGUUAAGUGCUAAUCGGCCUUCGAACAACUGGGCCCUGGUCUAUCUAUUUAUUGUUCUUGCAAGAGUUAGCAAAAUUGAAAACCAACAGCCCCUCAGACUCUAAAGAGUAUAUUUUAUAUUAAUUUAGUAAAUUACUGAUAGUCCUUUUAAAGCUGUUAUUUAGAUGGUCAAUGAUUUUAUUAUACUUAAAUUCACAUGAUAUGGAUCUACGACCCAACAUCACAAACACCACAGGAAAGUACUAUGUACAUUGUUUUUUCCAUUUGAACAUUUAGAAUCUUCACAUGGUACAGUUGUACUCACUGCUGUCAGGUUGCAUGUCAGUUGCAAAGGGGGCAAGGAGAAGGGUGGACUAAUGUAAAAGGGCUGUCUUCCCAAUACCUCUCUGUUUUCUCUUCCUCGGACCCAUCUGUUUUGAUACCUCUUACACAGGCUAAUUACUAUAGCAGCCACAUUUAUAGAUUAUGUCAGUCUAUAAACUCUUAUGUUUGAACCAGCUUCUAAAACUCAAGUUUUGACUCCAGGGUACAAAAGUAUAAUCCCCAGUAAAAUAACAAUAAUAUUAUUGUUAUUGAUAUUGUGGUUGUCUACUACUUUAACAACACAGGGUGAAGCAGUAAAUUUGCAGUUGCAGAGGCUACCUUCAAACACACUAACAGCAACAUCAUCCUCAGCCUCAUUGGAAACAGUCAUGGUAAAGAUAUUUUUAUACAAAAUGAUUAUCAAAACAUAAGUUUUCUCAUUACUGUACAUACUGAGUAAAUCAACUUUCUCUACCCUAACUCUGUUCAUGUAUGUAGGCAUUUUGCCUUUUAGUGGAAAAAUUUUAGAAAGCUGCCAACUGCAAAUGCAAUGUUAAAUUAAUAUAUAAAUUAUUUAUCAGGGUCCAUGUUUAAUGCCACCAUUUGUCUCAUCUUUUUCUCAGGGAUCUUCCUCACCAACUACACCCAACUCUUUUAUAUCAAGGUAAAACAUGUUAAAUUUUCGUCUCAUGAUUAUGCCAGCUCUAUAUUCUUCAUUCUGUGCAACUUUAUUUACAGUGUAGUUAUACUGAUUUAUUAAUAUAGAAUGAAUUGGUGUAUGUAAGGACUAUUUGAAUGCAGUUUCAGGACAGUUGGGCAGUAUGGGUUGACAUUUGAAGAAGUUGAUGCAAAUGAAGUGUAAUGUUGUCUAAAAUGAGCCAAACAGGUUCUUGAACUAAUAUCAUAUCUAUCUGAAUUUCAAAGUUUUCUAACUAUUGGCAGAUCUCAAAUAAUUUUUAAAAAAAAUCAUAACAGUCAAUACAGUUUAAAGAGUUCUUGAAAAUGGCAAACGUAAGUUCACAAAAAAAAGUGAAAAGGCACUGAAAAAUGAAACUGUGUGAAUGUUUGACAAAAAAGAGUGUUACAGAAUUCAAUUUACAGAUUUAUAUCAGUAAAAGAUAUGAAACUGGGAAGCUCUGAUUCGGGAAAUUAAGCUUUUAUACUGGCAAUAUGGGUUGAUACUUUUUACCAGCCCUCGAUUUAAUGAACAGACAACAGAAAUAUUAAGAUUACAUAUAAUCAUUUGAGGUGUUAAGUAGUGUUAGUAGUUUUAACUCUGUAAUUGAGUCAUAGUCCCAGACUUGCUACAACUCACAAAAGUGCUGUAUAACCUGUGUGUUAUGCUAUUUAAUAGCAAUUUCUUAAUGUUAUUUUUUACCUUACCUAGAAAUAUUUAUGCAUUUUAUUCUUACUCUGUGUUUUAUACCCAGUUCGCAGUCCUUAGUCCAUAGUCACCCUCCUCCUCUUCUCUACCGCAAGACCGCACUGAAAUCCCUUUGUGAAUUCAAGAGAAUUGUUAUUCUGGAGUGAAAAUUUUUAUUUCAUAUUUAAGUAGUAUUUCGCAUUGAGUCGACUCUUCCUUUAGUGAUUACAGUCAAACCUGUUAAUGGCCCUGUGUAUAGCAGUCACCCUGUAUAUUACACCGUAAAAUUCCGAAAAUAAGCCCCUCCAUGUAUAAGCCCCCCAAAUAUUAGCCCCCCAAAAUCAUAACGCAAAAAACGCUCCGUUAAUACAAGACCCCCGCGGGGCUUGUACUUGGAAUUUGCCCUCGAAUACAAAGUAAAACAAAGCAAAAAUGGUAAAUUUGCUUCCCACUACAAGCUAGCCCAAUCAAUUUUCAAACGCAAAUUUCCCUCCGUACAUAAGCCCCUCCAAAUGUAAGCCCCUCCAAAAAUAAGCCCCUGGAAAAUGGGCUCUGAAAAAAUAAUAUAAGCCCUGUGGCUUAUUUUCGGAAUUUUACGAAAUAUUUUCUGCAAAGUUGACCUAAUUAUUAUUGUUACCAGUAUUAUUUGUGUCAUUUAUAAUCAACAUGAAAAAAUAGUAGUAUUAUAACAAAAUUAUUUGAUGUAUUUUCUCCCAGAUAUCUAACUGACUUUGAACAUGAACUGUGUCUGGGUAAAGGUGGUUUUGGUUUAGUGUUCCAAGCAAAGAACAAGCUGGAUGACUGUCAGUAUGCCAUCAAAAGGAUUCAUUUACCCAACUGGUAAGAUUAAAAGUUGCUUAACUUGUCUCUGCAUGCCACUUUUUAAAGAACACAUCUUUCUGUCCAAAUGUGAGCCUCUGUAUGGGUAUUUUCAUGAUUGUCAUUGAUGAAGUGACAAUCUUAGAGAUUAAAGUGAAAUUGCAAGGCUGUGCUCUAAGGAAAAUUGAAGGGAGCCCAGUGCUCUGAAACUGUAAAAUCAAGGGUGCCCAGCAUAUAAUUUGUAUGAAAAAAGUAAGAUUUCCUAGUCGCCCAAGAGCAAAAGUUAGGCGCCAGGGGUCACCAGGCUCUGCUAGAGCACAGCCAUUUCAAUCAAGUUUGACAAGGUAAAUAAAAUAUUAGUCUGUAAUGACAGCAAAGAAAGUGAUCAAAAAGUGAGCUGCACAUUCAAAGUUUUUUUGUUUUGCCUAUUUUCUUGUUUCUAUCAUCAUUGUGGUUGCAAGGAACUCACAAGUAGCAUUACCAUGCAAAACAGUGCUUGGUAUGUGACGAUUUCUCCUGAAAACCCGACAAUUUGAUGGAAAAUGUGCAAUGAAAUCAACAUCUGCAGGUACUUGUGCCCAUAAAGAGGCUUAAAUGUUUGUGGUUGUCUAAUUGAUUUGUUUAUUAUUGUUACUUUUGUUUAUAAAGUGAUGAAGCAUUAGAGAAAGUGAAACGGGAGGUGAAAGCUUUAGCCAAGCUGGAGCAUCCUCAUAUUGUGCGAUAUUACAAUUCAUGGUUUGAGGCGCCCCCUAUAGGCUGGCAGGAAGAACUUGAUAUGCAGAUGCUUGAACAAGGGUAUGUACAGUGUAUGGUAUAUGAAACAUUGUUGUUACUACAGUAUUACAAAUUUAAAUUGUCACCUCAAGGAAAAAACUUAUUAUUAGAAUGUUAAAAUACAAUUAUUUCUUUAAUAAAAAGUAAAAGUGGAAGCAAUGAUUCCUUUCAUUCUUGCUUUCGGUCCUCCGGAUACACUGAAGUUAUUGCAGAAACUUGCAAUACACAGACAGCUUAAUUUAAACUUGAACCAAAAUAGUGCCUACAUCCCUCACUACGAAGAUACUGGUAUUAAAACCCAUGAAAUUACAUGACUGUAUCUCUGGAAAAAGAACAAAUCCAGAGUAUCCAAGUUAUUUAUUUGUUUACUUCUUUCCAAAAGGUCUUUCUGUGGAUUACCUUCAGAAGUUCCAUCAUUUAAUUCAGGAAUUAUAAUGAAGGCACCACCUACAGAACAACUCAUGGAACAAAAUGGUAAGUCAAGCACUUAUGACUGUGUGAUAAAGUGUGCUUGUUACUCUUUGUUGAUUUAAGUUUGCCACAGACAAAACUCUUGAUUAUGGUCAUUACAUAAAUUCUACAGUCCAGUGCUUUGUGAUGCUGUUAGUAGUUAAUCGUUGUCUUAGUUUGCAAGUAGACCUGAGGUCAAUUUAAUAAAACUAUUACAAGUGAAAUUUACAGUUCACUGCAGUAGCUAUUGUUUUUAGACACUAAAUCAAUUGGCCUUGUAAAUCGCACUUUUAAUAUAUUAACUCCUGUGUCUGAUCCCCUUGUUCAAAGUUUCAACUUUCUCCUCUUAGGAACAAUCUUACUUAGGGAAGCAGGAAAUAGAAUUGGCCAAAGAUUAUGACUUCAUUAUUGUUUUACAGGAAAGGCACAUUUUCAGAAAAUAUAAUUGAAAAUGAGAAAGCAUAACAUUAUAAUAUCCACCAAUCCUUUUACAAUGCAGGUGUACAGGAGGACAAAUUUACUAGAAGAAGGAAGAAAACAAAUUCUGGCUGCCGAUCAAGACAUUCUUCAUGUAAUUCAAAUAAGGAUGAAGAAUACAUUCAUGACAGUCUAAAUGGAGAGAUUGCUAUCCACCAGUUAGAGAACGAAGCAUUCAUAGAGGGACAUGAAGUCAGUGAUUCUUUUAGUAUAGAAUUUGAAUCCUCAAGGAAUAACAGACAUUCAAAUUUGCCUAAAACUGGAAUCUGUACUAACUUUAAAGAGGACAGUGCAUCUAGCAGCAUCGUGUUCAGACGUUCAGAUUCAAGCCAAAUUCAGGUUGGUGCAGACAUAUUUAAUUCAUUAUUAAUUUUUUUUAGCGAAUAGACGUUCAGUUUUGCAUGAGUUUGUGAAUUUACCCAAUGCUGUAAAAUACUUGAACCUCCAUUCCCUAUGGAAACAUUAUAUGUGGACAGUAGCCAGGGCUUGAAAAAAGUCCUGCUCAGUACAAAAAAGGUUUUCUUGCUUCCUUGCAAGAAACUUAUAAAGCUCACUUGCAUGAUGGGCGAGGGUCAAGGUUAGCCAUCAGCCAACUAAAUCAUUAACUAAAACAAGCAAGUGGUUGCCUAAAUUAUGGCCAAGUAAAACAUGAGAGAUGUUUGCCCAAAGGACGUGCUGGAAUUCAAGNACUAAAACAAGCAAGUGGUUGCCUAAAUUAUGGCCAAGUAAAACAUGAGAGAUGUUUGCCCAAAGGACGUGCUGGAAUUCAAGUUUUUUCUUUUUUUGGGGGGGGGGGGGGGGCUGGGAAGUGGCUUAUGAAAAGGCUGGCAGUAUCUUGUUGUUGCAGAUCACAUGAAGCAAAAGAUUCACAGCAAAGUUAAAUGAUAUGUGGGACAUACAUUUUGAAAAUGCUGAGGUUUGACUUCUGGGGUAUAGGAAGAGUAACAUGGAAUAACUAAGGGUCUUUUGCCACGAAAAAAGCCCCAAGUGAUCAUGACUUCUUAUGUUUCUUUGUAAGGCAAAAUAAGAAUUAGUCCAGUUCUUUGUAACAUAAUAAUGAUGGGGGUGGGGGGGAGGUAGGGUUGGAAGUAAAUAAGAAUUGAUAGUAUGAAUAAAUGUCCUGCCAGUCUGGCAAGAUUAAUACAAUAGGGAAUGUCUGAAGUAGUUGAUUUCUAAGCCAGAGAUGCAUUAUGGAAGUUGUCAUAAGAAUUUAUUGUUCUUUUUUUAGGAUUGGAACAGUAUUGGAUCCUUGUCAUUAUCAAGCACUUCAGAAGACUCAUGUUCCAGGGAAACUUGCUCAUCAGAAGAAAUGCAUUUCACUUCCUCACAUCGCUCUCUGCUUUCAAGUAAUGUUUUGCUCUUUACAGAAUUAUUCAUUGUUUAUCUGACAUUUUCAUGCAAUUUAACAUAUUUUUUCUUGGGUGCUUCGGAUUUAUUCUUUAAAUCACACUCAUGACAUGCCGAAUAUCACAUUUUUCUUAUAUUUUUAAUUAUUGUUCAUGUGUUUCUCCUAUGAUCAUUUCAGGGGAUAAACACAAGUGUCAAAAUGAAGACUGCAACGCUGAUAGACGGUCAGCGCCACUAUAUGUAUUUAUUCAGAUGCAGUUGUGUCAGCGUGAGAGCCUAAAGGACUGGCUGAAAGCCAAUCAAGAGCGCAACCAUGUCUUCUGCCUUACAGUGUUUGAACAGGUUAUUGAGAAUUUGUGUUUACAUGUAAACAGUAGAUACAUCACGUGCAGGCAGAUUCAAUCCAUCCUAAAGUCUUUGUCUAGUUUAGCUUUCUUUAUGUAAAAGUACACGAUUUGAACUCCUUUUGAACUCACUUUUGUUUAUUCAUUCCUUGAUAAUGGCAUCAUGAGGUCCUCAAGACAUCAGGACAAAUUCAUCACUAGUUUUAACUUCUUCAUGUCUCUGAAAGUCAUUAACUUUCCUUAACAAGGAGUACUAUUUAAUUAUAGGGAUCCAUGUUCAUUUUUUCUCACAGUUGUCAGCCGGGCAGGUAUGCCUGGUGGCAUACUUGUGCAGUUACAAUUUUGGUUGCCCGGACAAAAGUGCAGAAUUAAUUAUAUAAAAGAAUAGUGAAAAAAUUGUGUGCAACUUGAACAUUUCUGAUUAGCAUAUUUUUUACUUCCAUUAUUGGUAGUAAGAAAGACGGUGUGCCUACGUUUUCCCCCGUAUGAGGCAGUGGCUCCUGCAUCACUUUUUUAUUUCCGUCAAGGUAGUGAAACGUCUUCUAAAAGACGUCACAUCUUGUUGCGUAUAAGGCACCAGCUUCUGCUUCACCUUUUUUUUCUGCUGAAGGUGACAAAACACCUUCUAAACCACAGUGCUCCAGGGUUUUAGUUUUGUACCCAAGGAAAAUAAAAUAUGGCUCCUAAAACUUCACUGGGCUUACUAAAUAAUUAUUGGAAUAAGAAAGGAAGAAAAAUAAAUUUAUUUUGACUGAUAAUUUUUGUAAAAAUGACUCCAGCCUGUAUUAGUGCCAUGCUAAUAUUACUUACUGAAGUGAGUCUUACUCAUAGUGAACUCUUCAGUAUUCAUUUCAUUAAUCCCUGUGUACUUCAUUACAUUUAGUUUCAGUGUUUCGUAUAUAUUAGCUUUAGCCGCUGGUUGUUAAAGGUUGUUUUGUACUGUCGUACAGAUUCUGCAUGCUGUUGAGUACUUUCAUGGUAGAGGACUUAUGCACAGAGAUUUAAAGGUAUUAAAGUCAAUUAAAAAUAGAAAUUUUAUUGUACCCCAUGGGUACAAAGAAGUGAAUAAUUUAUUCCAUUGCUUUUGUGUUUCAUCUUUUGUUUCUAAAAAUAUUUUAACUUUCAAUUGUCACCUUUUUUGUAUGGCAGCCAUCUAAUAUCUUCUUUUCUAUGGAUGGGUCUGUGAAAGUCGGUGACUUUGGUCUGGUGACAGCUCACACAUCAGAAAAUAACAUGGACACCCCUGUGAAAGGUACAUCACUGUAACUAAAUCAUUGGUCUGUUUUUCAUUUUCGUUUAGGUAAGAACUUGACCCCAAGAAAGACUUUCAUCAAGGCUCCGUUUCACUUUUUUAUCUCUUAAAGGCCACGCUAGUAAACUCUUAAACUAUUGUGGAUUGGCUUCAUUGAAGAUAGACUUCAUUGUGUCAAAGCAACAUUUUAAUUUUGUUUCAUUAUCUUGAAUUAACCAAAAAGGGAAGAAAGUGCAAACGAAAGAGGCGUGAUGCCUUACAAAUUCAAAGUUUCACCAGAUGAGGGUGCUUUUGGUUUCUGGAACUCCUGUCAAAAACCAAUUUUAAUUGCUUUAAUUUUUGUGAUCUACUUCAUUGUCCAUUUGCUCUCUAGGCUUCGACUUCAUACAGACUAGUGAUCCUGAUAAACUGUGUGUGUUGCGUUGGAGUACAUGUAAUAUGUAGCAUGGAAGUAAUAUAAGCAUAGUAUAUGCCAUCCAGACAACUUAUCGGUAACAAUAUAACAACUCUAAAUUAAAAAUCAGCAAAAAACUCUGUUCAGUACACAUGAUAUUUUUAGAGGGGCUACUUCUCAAGUGGUGAAAGCUCAUUUUGUUACUUUCCCUCGAGUUGGUCACAAUAACCUUUUUUUUGGCUUCCCAACAACUGCUUUUUAUUAAGAGUUUUCAUUUAUGAUGUUAAUAGGAAUUUCAAAAAUGUGUUGUACGAUACAUCAUUAUUUUUUCUCCAGUUGUUUGCCUUUCUGCAUGAUGUAUUGAUUUUAUAUUCUUUAUUGUUAUCCUUCAAAGGAUCUUUUAUAGAUGACAUAAACCACACAAGUCAAGUGGGAACCCAACUUUACAUGAGUCCUGAACAGGUAAUGAAUAUUAACAAAUGAAGUCUAUCUUCCUCUAUCUUCUACAGUACACAUAAACAGUAGAAUUAUCAUUUAUUUACAGAACAACAAGACUGUGGGACCCAGUUGAAAGCGACAAUACUACAAAAUCUGAGACCUUAAGACCUUUUGAGACUAUGAUUUUAUUUAUUUUGCAAAGAACAACAGUUGUUUACUAGUAAAUUUCCAGCCACCCCAUAUUCCUUAAAACAUGUUAAAUACAAGUUUUAAGGGGGAUCUAAAACCCAAACAUAAAGGAGAUUCUGGUUGCAACCUUUCUGACGGUUUGGCAUUAAACCAUAUUGCCUGGAUAUUUUUAGGAAUGACACAUUGACAUUCUCUGGUUGUAUCGGUUUUUAUAGGUAGAAAAGCUGUGACAAAAACACUAUGUAGAUUGUGUUCAUCAAACUGACUGAAACUAACAUUCUAUCUGUAAGGCAUAAUUCUAACUGAUCAGAUGCAAUACUUUUAAUUCUUCAAAUCUCAGAUGGAGGGAAAAGCAUAUUCACACAAAGUGGACAUAUUUUCACUGGGGCUUAUCUUUUUUGAACUGUUUUGUCCAUUUGGUACACAAAUGGAGAGAAUUAAGGUAAGAGUAUGAAUAUAUUAAGUAAUCAAAUUUGCUGAAAAAUAUUUAAUAUUUUUGUUGAUUUGUUACUAAUAGUGUGGUGGAUUGAAUGGCAGCAAGCUUAAGAGAGCUAUCAAAAACAGUGACAAACAAAUAAUUUAAUGAGGUUUUUGUGAUGCCUGAGAUAAUCAGGGUCUGCUACCCAUGACAGCAAGAUAGAGUAAUCUUACCUUUGUAACCACUGUCUUACAUGAAGCAGGCUGAUCAAGGUUUUGUUUGUACUGUGUGUUGUCAAAAAUAUUUUUUUAAAUAAGAAUUGAAAAAGAUGUUUGUCAGGUUCUUGUUGUCAUGGUAGCACAAUGUCAGGAACACUGUUAGUCUUGAAGACCGCAAACAAUAAGAAAACCGUUUUUUGUUGGAACGGGCCUGUUUGCUCCAAAUUGUUGGAUAUACAGACUACAUGUCUCACGGUACAAGACUCCUCCUUGGUGAUUUCACCCUUUAUUUUCAUUAGUGCACUUGCUCUUUCUUUCUUGCUCCUUGAUCCUCUAUAUUCUGUUACUUGGUAGGUGAUGUGUGGUGUCAAACAAAGGAACCUUCCCACUGAAUUUGAAGCAAAGAUGCCUCUUCAGGUAUGUUCUCUCCCACUCUUUGCUCUAGUAUGGUUGAAUUAGACCUUUUUUUCUGAAAAAAAUGUGCAGUUUGGGGUGGAAUGAACAGUACAGUUACGUUUUAAAAGUGAAAGUGGCUUAACAGAGAUCCUUUCAAGGAAUGAAAAAGGGCAACAUAUGGUCGCCUGGAAUUUUCUUAGUACUGUGUUGUUAUUGAUUUAGUACAAUUUGUAUUUUCCUUUAGUCACAACUUGUUCAAUGGCUUGUAUCAGCUACUCCCAAGGCAAGACCAAAUGCGACAGAAGUGAGAAAUAGUGACAUACUACAGCAAAUCAGUCGAAGUGUUUCUUAA